GAAAGUUGAACGCAUGCCACAGUAGCCCCAGGGUCAUGCUUCCGUCUUCAGCUUGGGAUCAGAGGUCUGUCCAUAAAACAUAAACACCCACCGCAACUCAUAACAAUGGACACUUGUGUUAUUGUGAUACUUUUUGCAGUAUUUUGGCAAAGUUCAGGUUUUCAUUUUGGCAUGUCUAACGCCUGCUACGGCCAGGGACCCUGUUCUCGUCAUGAACUGACCUGUGGAACGACUGACCGACUGGCCAUCAUAUCGGCUGUCCACGGUUUCAAGAGGAAGGAGUCUCUCUGUCCAAGCAUUGCCGUCAACACCUGCAAGUUCAACACCAAGUUCUGCUGCAAAGAAGAUGACGUGUAUGACUGCACCUUUCCCUUCAAGAACAUAUACAUGAGGUCCCUGUAUGAACGCUGUUCUGGCAAAUACAACUGUUCCUAUUACACAGACAGAGUCCAGGAGGCGUGCACGUUAUCGACGCGUACACUGUCAUCCUUCUCGUCGAUCAGGUUCAGCUGCAUAUCAGAAACGGAAAUGGUUGAUUUUGACACUGUUGGCUCAACCCGAGGAAAGUCUGUGUUUCUUGCCUUUGACCCUGACCUCUACAUACGUAGCUCUGACAAAGUUAAACAGUUCUCAUGUAGAGUGGAACCAGUAACGUCAUCCACCCCCGUCAACGUCACCAUCAACGCUCUCGAUGUUCGCUUCGACAAAAUUGGAGGGAUAUGCUCAAGUGUCCUCAUACGGCAGAGUGGAGGUCACGUCACCAAUAUCACCUGUGGUCCGUAUGGAAGACGAACAUUCCUCUCCUCGGUAACAAAUAUAGGAAUGUCCUUGACCCCUAUUGACCUACUUCUGAACAUAGUUCCAGAAAAUCUUCCUGGAUAUGUGUGGAUUCAUGUAGAAGCUGAGGACACGGAACUUGAACUUCGUUGUGGAUCUCUAGAAAAUGCAUGGUGGGGAGAUGAUUGGCCCUCUGGUGAUAGAAAGGUUAUCAACACUACAGAUAAUGCCUCUGUGACGGCGGUGAUAGGGGGCGUGGGUGUGCUGUUGGUCCUAGCUGCAGUUUUGGCUGGUGUCAUAAUUUGGAAGAGGCGGGCGAAUGUCACAAAAUACCUUCAGACAAUUCCCUUGAACGCCUCUUGUUCCAAGGAAGCUGUCGAGCGGAGGCUCCGCGCCCAGAGCGGUUGCAGUGAAACACUUAACGUGACAAUCCAACAGCCUGACACAACCUCUGAGAAGUCUGUGACCCUCCAGGUCCGCCCUCCACCUAAAUCAACCGACGAACCCAUAUACGACCGCAUCAAGUUCGCCGACGAGCCACCAUCCGUGUCUGCUGUCGGCGUCUAUGAUCACCUUCGCCACGUGAUAGUUGACCAGGACAAGGGUGAUGGUUAUGACAAAUGUUUGGUCGGUAUGGUCAAAAUCGGCACGGACAACUCGGCGUACGACACCACGGAGUCGGCUUCACGGGACACUGAUGAGGACAAGCGUGACGUCGCCUACGACCACCUGAACGGCAACACGGAAGACAAGUCAUUGGUUGACAACAUCUACGAGAACACGACUCCUAAACCUGUCGAAGAGAACCCUUACAAUGUUGUUGCUGAGAAGGAGGAUGACAAUGAACAAACAUCAGACUAAUUUACAGUAAACUACGGUUAUAACGAACUCAAAGGGGUCACUAAAUUUAGUUCGUUAUAACCGUAGUUCGUUAUAAGCACAUUUACAGUAUAUAUACAGCAAAUGGACGGGGCCAAAAAACAGUUCGUUAUAUCCGUCAGUUCGUUUUAAGCGUGUUCGUUAUAUGCGUAGUUUACUGUAUGUGACAAUUUUCAACUGAACAUUUAUCAACAGCCAAAUCUUCGAAAGGGUGUCUGCUAGUAUGACUUUGAUUACUGCGCAAUUCGAACUGUCGUGUAAGUCAAUCCACAGUGUAACGCCAAUGCGUCGAAAAUUCUAGACUAAAGGUCAAAUCGUCGAAAAUUAGGGGCUAAUAUCAAUUGGACCUUGAAUUGGGAAUAUACUCGAUUUUGAUUGGUCAAUCAGAGGUUUCAAUGAAAUUUAGGGAAUUUGUUUUGGGUUCAAACUCAGUGAACAUACUCGCUGUAUGUUAAUGUGCCGUGUCUCUAUAGUAAAAUCGACGGUGGCACGUGGUCAAGGGCACAGCGCACAGGUCCAAAAUCAGAAGAAGUUGACCAACAUAGGUGGCGAAGAGUCGUUGGAUGGGUGACCGUGUUGAGUUUCUAGGGUGCCGGCACUGCCCCACACUGAACCACAUACAGUCACUGAAGUCUCCUAAGGCAAGUGAAUUUGUUCGUCGCAUGGCUCUGUUCACCCACCAUCGGCAGCUUGGGUUGUAUACUCCCAAGGAAGCUGAGAAUGAAAACCGAGCGCACACUAAACCACUGACCUGGGUAAUAGUCAAGUUGCGCCAUGAAAAUUCACUUGGUGAAAGGCAUUCGGAGUAGGAAAAAUGCACUUGAUACAGUUAUAAUAUGUGAAUUGUGAGUGAGUGAGUAUGGUUUUACGCCGUUUUGAGCAAUAUUUCAGCAAUAACACAGGGGAUACCAGGAAUGGGCUUCACAUUGUACCCAUGUCGUGAAUUGAACCCGGGUCUUCGGCGUGACGAGCGAACGCUUUAGUCACUAGGCUACACGCCCGCCCCUACAAAUAAAAUGCGAACUAACCCAUUUUGUUCUAUUUUUCUAUUAACUUAUGAAUAAGGUGUUCGAUCUGUCAUCCUAAAAUAAGUUAAAUGUUUUUAAACAAGACCAGCGGACAUCCGGACGUUUUUGUUUUCUUUCGCACGAGGGCUGGUUUCCUCACUUAUGUGCUGCGUAUGCAGACAGAUACGUGUACAUUACUUGUUUAUUGAAGUCAGUAGAUUGUUUCUGGUUUUCUUGUAUCACGAUGCAUCCGUUAUUCCCGUGGAUGAUAUAUAUUCAAUAUUAUUCUACUCAAAAGAAUUUAAAGAACACCCGAUUCUUUCAUAGUACCACAAUUAAUCUGUCAUGUCAUGUUUUGUUAUUUUUACUGCUGGGCAAAAUGAAGUAUACACCCAUGUUUGAUGGUGGCUAAAAAAUGAAACAAAAACAAGAAACGGUUAAUCGAUGGUGAUGUGUCUGGUGUUGAUGUCACAGUGUUUUAGGCCUAAUGUGUUUAAUGUUUUUUAGGCUGUUUUCAGCCCAGUAGCGUAUUGAUAACGGUUGUAUUUAUUAUUUGUGGUCAAAUUCAAAUUUGAAGAGUAUACUUUCUUUUCAAGGGACGUAAUUAAACCACCCAAUCCUGGUAACGGAUCAUGUAUUUACAUGACGUAUCACAAGUUUAACAAAACACCCGAAGUUUAUUUUCACAUUUUUUAUUUUGCAACAUCACAAUAAACUGUAAACAUUGAUGUAUACAAAUGUCACAGUAAAGAUAGUUAUGCAACAUAUUACAAACCAUAACCUGCUGGCCGGGUUCAUCCUUUGAACCAUGUAUUGUAUGUUCUAAUUCUAUAUAUGUGCGUCAUAUGUUUAUUCCCAUUGGUAAAUUAACAUGACAUUUACUCACAAAUAUUCGUACACUUGAAAGUAACCAGGCAUCGAAAGAAAUAAAGAUCAUUCAUUAUU